AUCAUGCAGACCUCGAAGGAUGUGAACAAGAGCUGUCGAAUUUGGCCGUUGAUCCAUUUCGAACAUUCCUGAUUGGACUGGGUGAUAUUACCACCUACCAACUGCUCACCAUAACCCUCUCAAGUUUCUUCCCUCGACUUGAUGACUCGAGUCCUCCGUCCAUGGCAAACCAGGACCCAUCACUGUUGUGAUUCGUGCUGUGGUCCUCCCAAAGCGCUAAAUCAAAAGGGAUACAUUCACGGACAUGAUUUACAGUACAAUGACGUGAUUGCCGUCAUGGCGCCGAUAGUUGCCCUAAAAAGACUAGUUGACUCCCAGUACAUGGAAGAGUUGGAGAAAAUUCUCUUUACCUUCCCAAAAAGAAAUCCUUCGUUCGUCGGAGAUUUAGUCGCCCUGUUACAUUUUUCUUGUGUUCUCUAUUCUCCAUACUUGCUUUUUUGGUGGUCCUUUUUUCUUCAUUGUUUGAUCAAUGAUAAGAAAGGCACAAGGCACACGCUGCUUACUCCUCAAUGUUGUUGGUCCACCACGGCGGUUGAGAUGGGGGUUUCAUUUUCGAGUACAGUUCCUUUCGCACCGAUGCCGCAGUAGCUAAGAGUUAGAAGGCAAUAAAGCAUGCUGUUGGUACGGAGCAUUAUUAGCAGUAUGACAAAGUAUCAAUAA